CAGCCGGGAGUCCUAGUGCGCAGGCGCAAAGUCGGCGGGAUCUUCGGUCCUCUGGUCCCACGUUCCGCCCUGCGUGACACGUGGCCCUGGGUGCCCAGUCCUCGCGUGAUCUAGCUGCUUCGGGAGCGUACGCUGAGCCUCAGGACCUGGCACGCGCCGGGAGCCGGGCGGGGCGGGGCCGGUGGCCGGAUUUUGACGUGAGCUUCUUGUGGGGUACAGCACAGUCGCCGCCAAGAGGCCUUUCCCCAAAGCCUCGCGGUGUCGGAUGUGGCCUCGGGUCGCCUCGCACUAAGGCUGCACGGUGCACCUUCCAUCCUCUCCAUGAGGGGCUCUGUCCCCUACCCUGCGUCCGGUCUCCGGCCCUGUCCCGCCUCUGCCUUCCUCCUGACUCACCGGUUUUUCGGUCUGGGGUCUUCCUAGCGCCCGAGUCGCUCCCCGGCUGUCCCUUCCUAAAGCCUGGGGUGGCCCUGCGGUGCUGACCCCAUCUGGGCCGGUUAGCCUUCCCAUCCCCGCUCCCCUGCGCACUGUCUGGUCCCGACCCCUCCUGAGCCCUGGCCCGGUGGCUCCCGGGGCCACCUUGCACCCCGCGGACGCCUGGGGCGGAUGAACUCGGAGACAGCUCCCCAGGCUUCCAUCCCCAGGGAGCCCUGGUCGAGGACCCGCGGGGCGGAGUCGUCUGGAGUCUUUCCUGGAGGGCGGCGCGCCGAGGGGCGGGGCGGCGCUCGGGGGACUGGGCGGGAUCUGAGUGCAGACCCGGAAGCUACGCGGGUGAUCUCAGGGCGCCCUGGGACUGUGUUCUCGCUGGCACCGUUUCCGGGCAUCGUCACAGCCAUAUCCCAGGCUUUGAUCUGUCCCCGGGCUGCGAGGGGACUGGGGACAGGCAGUGCAGUCACCUGCCGGCGGAGGGCGUGCUAUCCCAGAGAACAGUAGCGCGCAGUGACCACGGUCUAGCUAUGGGGACUGCUCUCGUGUAUCACGAGGACAUGAUGGCCACUCGGCUGCUCUGGGACAACUCGGAGUGCAAGAUCGAGUGUCCUGAGCGCCUGGCAGCAGCCCUGGGCAGCCUCCGGCAGUGUGGCCUGGAGCAGAGGUGCCUGCAUUUGGCAGCCCGAGAAGCCACGGAAGCAGAGCUGGGCCUGGUGCACAGCCCAGAGUAUGUGGCCCUGGUUCGGAGGACCCAGACUCUGGGAACAGAGGAGCUCCAGGCACUUUCUGGACAGUUCGAUGCUGUCUACUUCCACCCGAGCACAUUUCACUGUGCCCGCCUGGCUGUGGGUGCUGUGCUGCAGCUGGUGGAUGCUGUGCUGACUGGAGGCUCGAACAAUGGGCUUGCCCUGGUGAGGCCUCCUGGGCACCACAGCCAGAGGGCAGCUGCCAAUGGAUUUUGCGUGUUUAACAAUGUGGCUAUAGCAGCUGAACAUGCCAAGCGGAAACAUGGGUUGCACAGGGUUCUCAUUGUUGACUGGGAUAUCCACCACGGCCAGGGCAUCCAGUAUAUCUUCGAAGAUGACCCCAGUGUCCUUUACUUCUCCUGGCACCGCUAUGAGCACGGACGCUUCUGGCCCUUCCUUCCAGAGUCAGAUGCAGACACUGUCGGGCAGGGACAGGGCCGUGGCUUCACUGUCAACUUGCCCUGGAACCAGGUUGGGAUGGGCAAUGCUGACUACCUGGCUGCCUUCCUGCACGUGCUGCUCCCACUGGCCUUUGAGUUUGACCCUGAGCUGGUGCUGAUCUCGGCAGGAUUUGACUCUGCCACUGGGGACCCAGAGGGACAGAUGCAGGCCACACCAGAAUGCUUUGCCCACCUCACACAGCUGCUGCAGGUGCUGGCUGGUGGCCGUGUCUGCGCAGUGUUGGAGGGUGGCUACCACCUGGAGUCCCUGGCACAGUCAGUGUGCAUGACGGUACGGUCGCUGCUGGGUGACCCUGUGCCUGUCCUGUUGGGGCCCAUGGCGCCAUGUCAGAGUGCUCUGGAGUCCAUCCAAAAUGUCCGGGCAGCCCAGGCCCCUCACUGGAAGAGCCUCCAGCAGCAAGAUAUGGCCCCAGUACUGAGUCCCAGCACCCACUCCCCAGAGGGGAGGCCCCUGCUGCCGCUGCCUGGGGAUCCUGUAUGUAAGGCAGAGGCAGAGGUGGCAUCGCUGAGCUUCCUCCUGGAUCAGCAGCACUUCCACCCCACACCCCCUGUUCGAAUGGCUGUUGCCCUGACUGCUCCAGACACUGCCCUGUCCCUGUCCCCUGAUGUGCUUCGUCAGGAGGGAUCAGCCCCGAAGUGGGAGACAGAAGCCUGGGCCAGGCCACAUGAGUCCCUGGCCCAGGAUGAGGCCCUCACUGCACUUGGGAAGCUCCUGUACCUCUUAAAUGGGAUUCUGGAUGGGAAGGUAAGCAGUGGAGUCGCAUCCACUCCAGCACCUGCUGCAGCAGCCACCUUGCACGUGGCCAUUCGGCGAGGUCUGUCUCUCGGAGCCCAGAGGGUUUUUUGUGUGGUACUGGGAGAGCUGGAUCGGCCACUGGACCUUCCUGAUGAUGGGAGGAUUCUGUGGCUGAACAUCCGGGGCAAGGAAGUAGUCACACUGUCCAUGUUCCAUGUCUCCAUGCCACUGCCAGGGACGACUGGAGGGUUCCUGAGCUGCGUCUUGGGCCUGGUGCUGCCCAUGGCUUAUGGCUUCCAGCCUGACCUGGUGCUGGUGGCGCUGGGGCCUGACCAUCGCCUCCAGGACCCCCAGGCUGCUCUCCUGGCUGGAGUGCUCCGGGUGCCGGCGGGGGGCCGAGUCCUGGUCCUCCUUGAGGAGGAAUCUGCACCCGAACUUGCGCGGGCCCUAGCCCAGGCGUUGAAUGGAGAGGCGCUACCCAGCCUGCGCCCUUUCUCUACGGCCUCUCCAGAGGACCUCCAGGCCUUGAGGAGCCUGCGAGCGCAGCUGCAGCCGCGGUGGGAGAUGCUGCGGGUGGCGGCCUCAGAGCCCGUGCAGAGGCGCGGAGACUCCGAGCCUAGCGGUUCUGAGCUCCUUCUGGAACCUCCUUCCGGGCCGCCCACCCCGGGAGUGCCGCGCCGUCAGUUCCUGGGGGCCUCGGCCCCGCCCGCGCCCCGCCCAGCCCAUCAGUAAACGUCCAUUAUUGGACGUCCAUUAAAUAAAGGAGGCAUCCGA